UGGAGAAACACCGGGUUAUCACAAGAUCUAAGGUUUGCCCGAGACCAAUCCUUGAAGUGGUACGUGUGGUCAAUGACCAGCCUUCCCAAUCCCAAGUUCUCCCAACACAGACUUGCCUUGACCAAAGUCAUCGCCUUCGUCUAUCUUAUCGAUGACAUCUUCGACCUAAAAGGAUCACUCGAUGAGCUUCGUCUCUUCACGGAUGCCAUCAAUAAAUGGGAAGUGUCCGCCAUCGAUUUGCUUCCAUGUUACAUGAGAAAAUGCUACGACGCACUGUACAAGACCACUAAUGAGAUUGCAGAAAUGAUCUUUGAGGAGCAUGGGUGGAACCCAAUCAACAUCCUAAAGAAAUCGUGGAUUGAAUUAAGCGAUGCAUUUAUGAGGGAAGCAAUGUGGUUUGCGAGGGGUCAUCUCCCACCUGCGGAUGACUACCUGAGGAACGGCGUCAUCAGCUGCGGCGUGCCGCUUGUGUUGACACACCUAAACUUUCUUUUGGGAGGAGGUGCGAUGGAUUCUGCAGAAAGUUAUCCCAACCUGAUAACAUCUCCUGCAACAAUUCUUCGACUGUGGGAUGAUCUGGGAAGUGCCAAGGACGAGAAACAAGAAGGAUUUGAUGGGUCAUACUUGGAGUGCUUCAUGAAAGAGAACCCACAGUGCUCCGUCGAAAGUGCACGAGAACAUGUGAUGCAGAUGAUAUGUAAAGCAUGGGAAGAGCUCAAUAAAGAAAGCUUCUCAUCGAGCUCCUUCUCUCAGGACUUUGUAACAGCAUGCCUCAACACGGCACGCAUGGUGAAGUUGAUGUACAGCUACAAUGAGGAGCAUAAGCUGCCCAUGCUUGAGGAGUACGUAACCUUGUUGCUCUUCAAAGCUCCAAAUCUGAAGGCAUGAGUCAUAUAUAUGCUGUAAUAUAAUACUAGCGGUAGUAGCUAUCCGUGAAUUGGAUUUUUCUGUAUUGCAUUGCAUCGAGAAAGUCUUAAAGAACGAUGGAAGGGGUGAGGCUCCACCGCAAGUACUAUAUGAGCUAAAUGUUGGUAUCAAAAUGCAAUAGCCUAAAUAUAGAAGAACAUUUUUAGCCA